AUGGCGGUGCUGCGGAAUGGAGGAAGAAGGCUGGAAGUGUAUCGGCAGCUGCCUCCUGGAGAACUUGAAUUCGAAAGGCGGCAGGAGCGGGACGUCAAAGAGCUCGUCCAGCGACUCGACUGCCUCGUGCGGUUUGUGCGUGUUCAGAUACUCGCAGCACAGCAGAGCGAACGCAGAGAAGCCAUGGAAGAUGAAGCAAGGCGCACCGAGUUCACGGGCCACGCCGUGCGCCCACGUGUGGCCCAUCCCGGCGACGACGCAGCUCGGCCGGUGCGUCGCCGUGAGGAGGCGGCAGUGCUGCGCCACGGCCUCGCCGAACUUCGUGGUGGCGACGAAGAAGUUGGGCACGAGGUCAGCCGAAGGGAUGUGGUCGGUCCUAUCGCAGCCAUCCGGCAGGCCGGCUUCCGCGCCCGGGAACGGGAUCACGGUGACCGUGAUGCCCGCUGA